AUGGAAGCUCAAUUCGCAACGAACGGUAUCACGCAGGAUCUAACCAAAUUUUACCACGCAUUACAAGCUUUAGAUGCAUCAGUCCUCGCUGAGGUAAGCGAAUUAAUUACUAAUCCUCCUGAAAAUAAUAAAUACGAAGUGUUAAAAACACGCAUUUUAAAUGAGUUUCAAGACAGCGAAGAGAAACGCCUAAAGGCCUUGUUAAACACAACGGAACUUGGUAACCAACAACCGUCUAAACUGUUAAAACACAUGAAAGAUCUUGCAGAGAGCAAAGUAUCCGAUGAAUUACUCAAAUCUUUAUGGAUGCAACGUUUACCAACCAAUACGCAGACAGUACUUUCAACCAGUGAAGAUACAUUGGACAAAUUAGCAACAAUGGCAGACCGAAUUCACGACAUUGUCACUCCCAACAUCUACAGCACAGAGUUAGUUCCCACAGCUGGCAACGCGUCUCCUUGGGAAGGUCAACUUUGCGAGAUCAUCAAAAGACUCGAGCGUAUCAAAUCAAAAGGUCGCAGUGCAACUCCUUGCCUUUGCCAAAGAUCUAGCAGCAGAUCAAGUACAAGAUCAACCUCCGCGGAACCAAAAUAUUGUUGGUAUCACAAACGUUUCGGACAAGAAGCUAAAAAGUGCACUUCACCCUGCAGCUGGAAGAGUAAACCAGACAAAAAGGAGGAAAACUAG